GAAUGCGUUAGGGCUAUGAAAACAUGCGAGGCUGACUAGGCAGACAAACCCCACCCCAAGCACGCGAGCCCGACUCCCCCAGAGAAAGACGGCUGCAAACGCCGCCGGCGACGAACCCAGGCGGCCGGGGUGCCUAGCUCGCCGGUUCUUUACGCCUUCUCCUCCCAAUUCCUUGGGAUCAACGCCCUACAAGUACACGGCGAGGCUUGCCCCCCUUCGGCUGCCACUCCGUCCGUCCUACUCUGCCCGCCGCCGGCGCCAUGCUGUACAUCGUGGGCCUCGGCCUCGGCGACGAGCGCGACAUCACGGUGCGGGGGCUCGACGCCGUCCGCAGCUGCUCCAAGAUAUACAUGGAGGCAUACACUUCCCUCCUCUCCCUCGGCCUCGACCCGGCCGCGCUUGCCAACCUGGAGAAGCUGUACGGGAAGGAGAUAACGGUCGCCGAUCGAGAGAUGGUGGAGGAGCGCGUCGACCAGGUGCUAAGCGAGGCUGCCGACACUGACGUCGCCUUCCUUGUUGUUGGCGACCCGUUCGGGGCAACUACACAUACUGAUCUGGUUGUUCGUGCCAAGAAAAUGGGGGUAGAGGUGAAGGUGAUCCACAACGCAUCUGUCAUGAAUGCAAUUGGAGUUUGUGGGCUGCAACUUUACCGCUAUGGAGAGACUAUCUCAAUACCAUUUUUCACAGACGAAUGGAGACCAGAUAGUUUCUAUGAGAAGAUUCAGAACAAUCGCAAGCUUGGGCUGCACACACUUUGCCUGCUUGAUAUCCGUGUUAAGGAGCCAACAUGGGAAUCUUUAGCCAGAGGAAAGAAAGUCUAUGAACCACCAAGAUUCAUGACUGUAAACACUGCAAUAAGUCAGCUUUUUGAGGUGGAGGAAGCGCGUGGGGGAUCUGCAUAUGGCAGGGAUACAUUGUGCAUAGGAGUGGCGCGACUUGGAAGUGAUGAUCAGAAGAUCGUUGCUGGGCCUAUGGAGAAGCUACUAGAUGUUGAUUUUGGCCCACCCCUUCACUGCCUGAUCAUAGUGGGAGAGACUCAUCCUUUGGAAGAAGAGAUGCUAGAGUUUUACAUGAUCAAGUAGACACACACCCUACACUUUGUAAAAGUUCUUGUCAUGUGACUUUUCACAUCUUGUAUCGACUUAAGGUAAUAUUUAGACUUUUUAAGGGAAUAUUUAGACAUUUUUUCCCCUUGGUAGGCAAUGGUAUUGAGGCUUAGUGCAGUAUGCAAUUGGGUGUGUGUUCGCUGGUUUGAAAAGUCAUGGCUCAAAAUAUUACUUGCUGAUUUAUUAUGAGAGAAAAACAUUGGCAGAAAACACUCCUUGUGCAAAACAAAUCUGUGGUAAAAUGUACCAGUAGUUUACAUGUCC